GAAGACUUAAGAGAGGAGGUGGGGGGAGGUGGGAGAAAGAACAGAGAGCAAGGAGAAAGGCUUUGAUGCUACCUUCUUAGCAGUCUUGGACCAGCAGCCUUUCAGAAGACAGCUCCGGAGCAAGACAGCUCCGUAGAGCAUCUCUUUUUUAUUUGAAUGCUGGAGGAUUCAGCAUAAACAGUUUUAUUUUGCUUUCUCUCAUUCUCACCACCCAACAAGGGUGAGUUAACCCAUCUGAAGAGCUGGAACGGCCAGAAGAUAUAGAGAACCUAGGAGUCUCGGAGGAGGAGGAGGAGGAAGACGAAGGUGAAAUGGGGAGUGGAGCAAGCGCUGAGGACAAGGAACUUGCCAGGAGGUCCAAGGAACUGGAAAAGAAGCUACAGGAAGAUGCAGACAAAGAGGCAAAGACAGUCAAGCUGCUGCUGCUAGGUGCUGGUGAAUCAGGCAAGAGCACAAUUGUCAAACAGAUGAAGAUUAUCCAUCAAGAUGGCUACACGGAAGAGGAAUGUUUGGAGUUCAAAUCAGUCAUUUAUGGGAACAUCCUACAGUCGAUUUUGGCCAUCAUCCGAGCCAUGACCACUUUGGGAAUAGAUUAUAGCGAUUCCAGUCGAGCGGCUGAUGGGCAACAGCUGUUCAACUUGGCUGACUCCAUUGAAGAGGGAACCAUGCCCCCAGAACUAGUGGACUGUAUAAAGAAACUCUGGAAAGAUGGAGGUGUUCAAGCCUGCUUUGAGCGAGCAGCUGAGUACCAGCUCAAUGACUCUGCUGCAUACUACCUGAAUCAACUGGACAGGAUCACAGCUCCUAACUACCUCCCCAAUGAACAGGACGUAUUGAGAUCACGAGUCAAAACCACAGGUAUCAUAGAGACAAAGUUCGGUGUCAAAGACCUCAACUUCAGGAUGUUUGAUGUAGGUGGACAGAGGUCAGAGCGCAAAAAGUGGAUCCACUGCUUUGAAGGGGUGACCUGCAUCAUCUUCUGUGGAGCUCUCAGUGCUUAUGACAUGGUGUUGGUAGAAGAUGAUGAAGUGAACCGCAUGCACGAGUCUUUGCAUCUGUUCAACAGUAUAUGCAAUCAUAAGUUCUUUGCUGCUACCUCUAUCAUUCUCUUUCUGAACAAGAAGGACCUUUUUGAGGAAAAGAUCAAGAAAGUACAUCUCAGUAUUUGUUUCCCAGAUUAUGACGGUCCCAAUACAUUUGAAGAUGCAGGCAACUACAUUAAGCUUCAGUUUCUGGAUCUGAACAUGAGAAAAGAUGUGAAAGAAAUCUACAGUCACAUGACUUGUGCCACAGACACACAGAACGUCAAAUUUGUAUUUGACGCCGUCACAGAUGUCAUCAUCAAGGAGAACCUCAAAGAUUGUGGUCUCUUCUAAAUCUUCAUUUUUAAAGGUAAUCUAAAGGAAAAAGGACUUCCAGAUAGCUUCACUUUUCUGCUGAGCAGAGCCAACGGAGUAAAUAGAAGUCACUCGACGGCCCACACUUUUCUAUUUCCCAUCCAUGAUGCAAACUGUGUAUUUGUAGUAACAUGAUUUUCCUCCUUUCUUAUAUACUCUGCAAUUUUGUUUGUUCUGAAACAACAAGAGGAACAACAACCCAAAUCAUCUUGUCUGGAAACAAGGCAUCAUGUGAGAAACAUUGGAUUUUAAUGACUCUAUACAGCUGUGAUCGUAAAAAAAAAAGCA